AGAGAUGGACAAAGGAGGUCUAAAGGAGCGUCAUGAGAGAGAUGAGCGUCUAAUCACCCUGAAUUACAGCGACGGCCCAGCUGAGGGAGUUUUACAAAACGGAACACGCAGCACUAUGUCUAUCGCCUCCACUUCUCUAGUUCCUCCACCCAGCCCCUUGAUGCAGCCUGUGACUGGGGACCUCCCAAAUGGACUCAGCAGCUCCCCCACUCCGGAGGAGCUCACCACACCGGCCACACUGGACCUCUAUAUGGAAGAUCUGGACAUGAAAACAGUCGGGAGGGACCCGAGAGCCCAGCAGGCCUUCCAGCAGCAGUCGUCGCUGGGCUACUGCGGUGUGGGGGACAGCUUGUCACGGCUGGAGGCCAGCAUUGCAGAUCUCAGCAGCUCCUCUCCGUCUGUGGACUCUUUAAUCGGAGGAGUGGAUCCCAGCCUCUUCACACUGAAACAUGAGGACUUCUCACCCAUGGGCAAAGGGGAUAUAGAUGUGGAGCCAGAUCCGUUCGGGCCUAUCGGAAAAGACAUGGACUCGAGUACUCCGAAAUUAUUCAGCGAGAACACCCUGGACCUUCUGAAUGAUUUUGAGAUUGAAACAUCACCAGAUUUCUAUGUGGUAGAUGAAGAUUUCCCCCCAUUGGGUGAGGACUCUCUACUGGGAGUCAUUGGCCCAGAAAGGGACUUGAAGCCUGCAGCUUCGGUGAGUGACAUCAAUGGCACUAGCAACAGCAGCAACAACAUCAGCAGCAACAACGUCGGGAGUAACAGUGCAACCAGCUGUGCUUCUACCGGUCUGACUACCGCCAGCGCUCCCCUUGUGGUGAAGGUGGAGAAGGAUCCAGUGCUCCAGCUCUGCACUCAAGGAGUGAUCAAGCAGGAGAACACCGGUGGACGGAGCUUCUGUCAAAUGGCGGGGAACGAACUGUCGAGCCCUCUUACUGCCCCAUCGAUCUCCAUCUGUGGCGUCAGCACCUCCAGUGGGCAGAGCUACCGCUUCGGAAGUCCUGCCGCCACCAGCACCAUCAGCAUCCAGCAGAAAGAUCAGAAGCCCAUUUUUAAUGUUUAUACCCCACAGCCCCUUGUUGGGGAUGGCUGGGGAAGGAGUCUUGGGAUACAGCAAAGGCCUGGGGAUGGCUUCGCCAGCAACCAGAGCUUUACAACCAGCUAUGCCAGCGGCACAAACAGGCCUGAGGCUACAUCCACUGGCACAGGGAAAUCCGGUGGCGCCACACACAAAAUCUGCCUGGUGUGUUCAGACGAGGCGUCGGGCUGCCACUACGGUGUUCUGACCUGCGGCAGCUGCAAGGUCUUCUUCAAAAGAGCUGUGGAAGGAUGGCGAUCGAGACAAAACACAGAUGGGCAACACAACUACCUGUGUGCUGGGAGGAAUGACUGCAUCAUCGAUAAGAUCCGCCGGAAGAACUGUCCGGCCUGCCGCUUCCGCAAGUGUCUCAUGGCCGGGAUGAACCUAGAGGCACGCAAAGUCAAGAAACUAAAGGGCUUAAAGGGUGUGCAGCAGCCAAACGCAGCUGAUCUGAGCCCAGCUCCAGUGCAGGAGGUGCGGGCGCUGGUGCCCAAGGCCAUGCCACAGCUCGUGCCCACCAUGCUGUCCCUGCUCAAAGCCAUCGAGCCAGAGACCAUUUAUGCUGGAUACGACAGCACACUGACCGACACAUCCACUCGCCUAAUGACCACCCUCAACAGGCUGGGCGGCCGCCAGUUCGUCUCCGCAGUCAAGUGGGCCAAAACUCUGCCAGGUUUUAGGAAUCUUCACCUGGAUGAUCAGAUGACUCUACUGCAGUCCUCCUGGCUCUUCCUCAUGUCCUUCGGCCUGGGCUGGAGGUCCUACCAGCAGUGCAAUGGAAACAUGCUCUGCUUUGCUCCAGAUCUGGUGAUCAAUGAGGAGAGGAUGAAACUGCCCUACAUGGGUGAUCAGUGUGCACAGAUGCUGAAGAUCUCCAAUGAGUUUGUCAGGCUGCAGGUGUCCAAUGAGGAAUACCUGUGCAUGAAGGUCCUGCUGCUGCUCAGCACCGUGCCAAAGGACGGUCUGAAGAGCCAGGCUGUGUUCGAUGAGAUCAGGAUGUCCUACAUUAAAGAACUGGGCAAAGCCAUUGUCAGGAGAGAGGAGAACUCCAGCCAGAACUGGCAGCGAUUUUACCAGCUCACUAAGCUACUCGACUCCAUGCACGAUAUGGUGGGUGGACUGAUGAAUUUCUGCUUCUACACAUUUGUGAACAAGUCUCUGAGCGUGGAGUUCCCCGAGAUGCUCGCCGAAAUCAUCAGCAACCAAUUACCAAAAAUAAAAGCCGGGAGUGUCAAACCGCUGCUCUUUCACCAGAAAUGAAACGAAAAACACACCCUUCCUCCAGCAACGGGACACCAUGCCUUAAAAAUACACCACAUCACCAACCGUUCCUCACUGAACAUGCAGAGGGACAGAGAGACACAGUAAAAAGAAUGGAAAGAGAGAGAAUGAGAGAGUGAGUGAAUGAACGAAUGAGUAAAUGAAAGAAAGAAAGAGAUGGAAAGAGACUAACUGAGGUCAUUGUGGGACAAUGGGACAGUGGAUGGAUGGGGAACAGUAUGCAACCAACCCAAUCUAAUCCAACCCAACCCAACACAGAACCACGGUGGACAAGUGUUGACGGUGUUUAAAGACGGGUAAAGAAAGCAUAAUAGAUCAGACAAUUAAAAGCUAAUACAGACAGAAAGAUACUGUAUUAACUAUACAGUAAGAUAACUAUGAAAUUCUAUGGUGGAAAAAAAAUUAUACCAUAAAUGUUGUCUCAGGUGUUUGAUUCUCAACAUUAAAAUAAGUAGAAAAACUAGCUAUUUCUCAAAAAUCUACGUUUGUAUAGGUUUCACAUACCUUUUUUUUGUUUGUUUGUUUUAUUAAAUUUUAUUUUCCUUUUGUUUUCUUUUUUUUUUUUUUUUGAACAAAGGAAACACCUUAGCACUUACUGUCUCAGAUUAUACAGUUCUAUCUACCUAUUAUAGUAGGUUUUAGAUUUUCAGAACUUCUCAUUUUUAUGUUGGUGAGAUAUAAUAAUACAAAGAGUUUAUUACUUCAUCUGAUGAUCUCAUACUGAUACACACGUUUUGUUUGAAAUAAUCAUUUCAAUAAUAUGUACAGUAAAAUGGCUUUGGCGAUGUAAGAAGUCGAACAGAGAAAAUUUAAUACUUACACAUAACAUAUCUUUACUAUUUUCAAGCUCACGUUUUUUGCUAACCUCUGUCGGAAUUACACGAUUAUAGCAAAAGGGAAAAUAUGUGCCUUUUUUUUAGCUCCUCCCAUUUUAGCCAUCUUCUUCUGUAACUGUGCGUACUGAGCGUUUUUGCAUCCAUCAUGUUAGAUAUUGUAUUUGAUUGUAUUUUUAUACCCACUUGCACUGGCGAUUUUCCUUUUUACCAUGGCCGCCGUGUAUUUGUUCUUGGCAGCUCCAUGAUUGCGUAGUGUUAAUUUUUAAAAAAGUGGUCCUUAUUGCUUUGGUAUUGAAAUUAGGAGUCUAAUCUGUAACCCGCAUCCUUUCCCCAUUUUGUUGUUGUUCUAUAGAACUUUAGACUAAAAUGCUGUUCGAGCACCUUCACUCCUAUUAUUAAAUGCUUUAAAGAGAACGAGAAAAGUGAGACGGAAGACGCUGGUGUUUACGCAUUUUUAGUCUUUUUAAUUCGUUGAGUUGAAUUGAAUGGAAUAGGAAUGAGUUAUGAGGCUAUGUGAAUCAUGGUUCUGAUCGGAACGCAGUUCGAUUUGGUCUUUUUGUUCUUGUGUAACUGUGUAUGUUUGUGUGUGUGUUUUCUCCUUGCUCACAAUCAUUCAUCUAUACAGCCAUAACCAUAAGCAUAAGCAUAGCAUCAGGUACCAGUUUCGUUUUCAUCACUGUAGCCAGACUAGUUAGUACUAGAAAAGCAAUGCCAGUAGCCACGGUUCCCCAAAAGCCAAGAAUACCCUCCACCCUACAUCCUACACACUGUCCAUUAACAAGAAGAAUGGAUAUUAUUACUAUAUUAUUAAUACUGUGCAAUCAAUUCUCACAUUUACGCUCCAAAACAUACAGAAAUAGGUAUAGAAAUAGAAAAAAAUAAAUAUAUAUAUAUAUAUAUAUAUAUAUAGAGAGAGAGAGAGAGAGAGAGAGAGAGAGAGAGAGAGAGAGAAAUCUAUAUAUAAUAUAAACAGCUCAGGCCCUCAGUCCCUUCGUUUGCAGUCCUUUUAUUCAGCUCCGGGUGGUGGCUCCUCAAUCCCUUCAGUGGUCGUGUACACAUCCCUGCCCAUUUUAGCAGGUGCUCCUCUGUUUAAUCAGCACAAUGCUAACCCCCUCCCAGUUUCCCCAGUGCUUAUCACAGACCUUCCUGCCCCAUUCCUAGAUAGACCACAGCAGACGAAAGCAACAUGCUAGCCUCACUACUCACACUUUCUCGGGGAAUUUCUACGAGCCUGUAUUGUCGCAAUCUGUUCUUUCCGUGCCAAACGUGUACUAAUUUCUGAUUUUUAGAUUCUCGAAACUGUGCUUGUCUUAACAGUUGCCAGAGGUAAUGUAUCAGAACAGGAAAUGCAGAACGACAUGGAAUAUUUUCAUUUUCCUCUGUUAAAGCUUAUAACAUGUUUAAUACAUGAAUAAAAAGACCAGAUUAUA